AUAAGGACAACUGCGACACUCUUUGGAACAACAAAAUUAUGAGGCGAUUUUUCGUUUUCUUUGGAGUUGUGUUCACCCUUCUAUUUUGCACAGCAUCGAUGGAACAGAAACGACUACUUAUUAAUGAUCCACAAUUGCUCGAAAGCAGGCUUCAGGCAAUGGAAUCUAAAAUUCAGUCUUUGACGACCACGAAGGCGGAAAUGGAAUCGAAAAUCCAAACUUUGACAGCAUCAAAGGCGGAAAUGGAAUCUAAAAUCCAAACUUUAACAAGGGAAGUUGAGACCUUAAAGGUCAACAAUUCUAAAGUCGUUGGUGGUGCUACUUAUGUUCGUUGGGGGAGAAAGACCUGCCCUGACGCAGACUCAGAAUUGGUGUAUUGGGGUUAUACAGGAGGAUCGUCGUAUAACCAGACUGGAGGGGCUGCGGAGUAUGUCUGUCUACCACGUGACCCUACCUUCCACAAUAUCCUGUCCUCUUACAGCUCCAUGUACGGUUCAGAGUAUGAACGCAGUUUCGUUUCUGGAAUCCAUGAUGACGAUGUGCCGUGUGCUGUCUGUAGAAGUUUACUUAGUACUAGUGUCAUCAUGCUGUCUAGUAGAGAACAUUGCUACAGCGGAUGGAAGACCGAGUACUCGGGGUUUCUAGCAAGUGGCGCGAUAGUCCAUUCAGCAGCAACACAGUUUGUUUGUUUAGACAGGCAUCCAGAAGUUUUGGAUCACAGCAGCACAAAUGAAAAUGGCAAACUGUUUUACUCCGUCAACGCUAAAUGUGGGAGUUUACCGUGUCCUCCUUACAAACAUAAUCAACAGCUGUACUGUAGCGUGUGUUCUAAGUAA